CUAAACUCAAGGCACCUCUACAGUGGGGACCCACAUGACAAUCCUCCCAGGAGCUCCAUUCCUCUCAGCACUCGCUUUCCCGCCUCAAAGCCCCAUUGGCUGAAAUCUUCUGUCACUCUCGCCUCUACACCAGUCAGCUUCCUCAGGCUGGGGGUGGGGCUAAAGGCCAACUGCCAAACCUCAACUGCCACAGAACCUUGUGGAACCUUUCGACUCCAAGAUUACAGGUUCCUGACUGGAGCCUCUCCCUCCCAAUCAUGUUCAGGCAGGGGUGGGACUUUCUCACAAUCUCCGCGCCUCCAGCUCAGGCUGAAGUUCACUUUCUACUGUGGUGUUUAAAAGCGGCUGCUGGUGUGCAAGGCCCGAGAUGUGUAUAACAUGAUACCUUAUGACCCCCUCUGGCAGUCAGGUCCCACAUCCCUCUCUUCUGUCCCCUCAGAGAUCGGGUUGCAUGAACUAGCUGUCUCCCCUUCACUCACACCUACAGAUCAAGUCACACGUUCUUACCGUUUCUCUUCCAUCAGUCCAUACAACAAAUCUCCAGACUUCCUUUAAAGGAAACGCAGUUUAGUCCAUGUUGGUGGGAGCAGGACACAGGCUGUUCUGAUAGUUACAUGGUGGGUGCUGUGGUUGUUUUCAGCCACGUCAGCGUGCCUCAAGACAAGCUGCAGGACCCCCUCAAAUAUCCAAUCGCUAUGUAGAUGGUGUGGUUUGGUGGUAACAGCAGGGGCGUGGGCAUCUUUGCCACUGACUGGUUGUAUGACCUCAGGCAAGCCACUUAACCUGUCUCGGCCUCACUGUCCCCAUCUGUAAAAUGGGGAUAAUAUUUACUUUUCAGGGAGCUUGCGAGGCUUUAGUAAUGCUUAUAAAGUGCUUUGAGAUCCUCUGAUGAACCCUGGCACACUAUUAAUUAUGAGGUGGCCUGGUGGCCAUUAUUCCUGACACUGGGUGUCGCCUCUGAGCCAUGGCUGUGUUGGCUUUAGCAAUUUGCCUGCUGCUUCUGUUCUUUUCCUGGAGCUUGUCCUUUUACCAACAGAAUGCGGAAAAACCAGUUCUGUGGUUAAUUGCUGCACUUCCCUUCACGCCCACACAGUCGGCCUUCUCCUCCUGCUCAACCUGCAUACAUCUCUGUCUCUUUCCCUCUGCUGCACUCUGUCAAUCCAUAGAGUUUGCUCUCCAAUUUUAUUAACCCUAUUGAUCCCCUGCCCCAAGCCCCUUCUCCCUUGGGCGAGUCAGUGGGCUUGAUCACAGGUAGCUGCCUUCCUGGCCCUGCCCUACCCAAGGGCAACUAUUGGAGACAAUGACUGAAAAGGAUGACAAGAAUAUGAAAGCCCUAAAAGAGGUGUGGAGGAGAGCUGAGAAUGCCUUGUGCGCAGACUGUGGGAAGCCAGAUCCUGACUGGGCAUCUCAUACUUUGGGUGUCUUUAUCUGCCUGAGCUGCUCAGGGAUCCACCGCAAUAUCCCUAACAUUAGCAAAGUUAAAUCCUUGAGGAUGGACCACUGGGACGAGGCCCAGGUGCAGUUCCUGGAGCAGCAUGGGAACGCAGUGGCUAAAGCCACAUACGAGGCUCACAUCCCCAUUUACUAUUACCAGCCAACCCACGCUGACUGCCAAGUCCUGAGAGAGCAGUGGAUACGGGCCAAGUAUGAACGCAAGGAAUUCACUGAGCCAGGGAGACAGCUGCCGUAUUCCAAUGGGCUGAAGGAAGGGAUCCUAUGGAAACGGGGCCGGGAUAACGGGCAGUUCUUACCCCGCAAGUUUCUCUUGUCUGAGCGAGAUGGGUGUCUCAAGUAUUUUGCCAAACCAGAGGCAAAAGAGCCCAAAAUAAAUAUUAAAAUUGACACCAUCAAUGCCACAUUCCAGCCAGUGAAGAUCAAGAACCCCAAUGGCCUGCAGAUCAGCUACCUCAAGGACAACAAGACCCGCAAUAUCUUCCUCUACCAUGAGGAUGGAAAGGAGAUAGUGGACUGGUUCAAUGCGAUACGUGCAGUGCAGGUUCAUUACCUGAAGGUGGCAUUUCCUGUGGCCAGUGACAAUGAGAUCAAAAGCCGACUAAUGCAGAAAUUCCUGAAGGAGGGGUACAUGGAGAAGACUGGUCCCAGGCAGAGAGAGGCCUUCAGGAAGCGCUGGUUCACACUGGAUCGCCGCAGACUCAUGUACUUCAAAGAUCCGUUGGAUGCAUUUGCUAAAGGCGAAGUGUUCGUGGGGAGUAGGGAGCAUGGAUACAGCGUCAAGCAAGGGCUGCCAGCAGGGGCUCAGGGCGGCUUCUCCUGGCAGUAUGGCCUCACCAUUGUUACCCCUGACCGGGAAUAUCUCUUUACCUGCGAGACAGAAUGCGACCAGCAGGACUGGAUCGCGGCCUUCACUUGGGUCGUUGAACAGCCCAUGACUCCCCAGGAGUAUGCAAUUGAAGCCUACUUCAAGCUCAGCUCUUAGGAACCCCCUGGAGAGCUGGACUGCAACUCUACUCUGCCUUAGCCCUUUGGGAGGGUGCUAUGGGAGAGAAGAGGAGUGGUGCACCAGAAAAUCUACACUCUCCCAGUACCUCAUGGUUUGGAGCACUUUUUCUUAAACAGAUCAACCAACCUCCCUUUGUUGCGGGCGGUGAGGGGGGGAAUCGGGCUGUACCCCUUUAAAUGGAAGACACAUUUCAAGACUGAACACUCAAAGCAACCAGUCACUGAGACCACUCGUAAGCAAUGUUGUGAUUUAACUGGAGACUGGAAGGGUCUGUCAUCCAAUCAGGCUUUGAAGGUUUGAGUACCAGGAGUGGUGAAGGGUUGGGGAGGGGGUGUUGUCUUUUAAACUUCCGUUAUCGCACCUUACUGGAAAAGGGAAAGCUACCAUAAAAGUGGAAACAAACAGUUAAGCACUCAUUCAACGUGGGUGGUUUGCAGGGUGGAGUGCAGCUCUGGCAGAGAGCGUAGUCUAGAAGCAAUUAUAACAUUACAAUGAAACGGCUUCUCAGUUGCUUAGGGAGAAUUGAAUUUUUCUGGAAAUAUGAUAAUGUUUGACAUUUUACCACCAUAAAUCCAGGAAGGAUGUGUAGAAAAUUAGUUCUACAGCCAGGGCUGGCACCUUCUUUUUCAUUGACCAAGCCAGCUGCACACAAUAACCCAACUCAACAACUAUCAAGUCACAUAUUCACAGGCAACCUUCCUCCAAAACUUUACUGCAAAGAUUAAAGAACUGGUGUGUAUAUGCAUAUAUAAAUUAGAGAAUCACUGAUAUGGGUAUGGGGAAGACACUAUAUGACUAUCGGCAGUAUGGCAAAGGCUGAGACUGUUUUCAUUCUGAGCUGUACAUUUUAACAGUUGUGUAUGUUCCAUGAUAAUACUACUGAGCUCUUAUCUAGUGCUUUUUAGCAAUAGACCCCAAAGCACUUUACAAAGGGACAAGUAUCAUUAUCC